GGGGGGGGGCAGGCGGAGACGCCUCCCCGUGGGUUUGGGGGGGCUGCAGGGCGCUCGGGGGGGGGCCUGAUCUGCAGCCCCUGGCCUCCGCCACCAGCCCAGGGACCCCCGGAGCGACCGGCGGCCCCCGCCCGGAGCCCCCCGCCACCAACAGCCGCGCUGGCACCGCUGGGCUUCGCCGCCGCCGCUCGCUGCCAGAGCAGAGGGGUGGCCGGCGGCUGACGGGGGUGUCGCCGCCGCCAUCCCCAGUGAUGCCCCACGGGGAACAGCCGGUCCCCGAGAUCCCACCGGACGCCCUCGCGGUGACGGCGGAUCUGCUGCGGCUGACGCGGCGAGAGGCCGGCGAGCAGCAGAGGGAGGCGAGUGCCGCGUGCCUGCUGCCGCCGCUCUUGGCGGCUCUCACCCGCCGCAACGAGGACGACGCGCGGCUCCGGCAGCUCCGGGGUCUGCGGCUGCCAUCGCCGCAGCUGGGGCUCCCACCGGCCCCUCGGCACCCCGGCCGGCGACUGCUCCUGUGGCCCAGCGUGGCCGGGCCGCGGGUGCCGCCGGACAGGGCCUUCGCCGAAGGGGUGACCCUGCGGCUGCACCCGCCGCUGUGCUGCGACGCUGGGGAGGACGCCGGGCCGGAUCCCCUGGGCGUGCAGGAGCUCUACCAGGAGUUGAGCAGGGGCAGGGCCCUCCCUGCUGAGCGGCUGCAGUUCCACUGCGAUCCCCUGGUCGAGCCGGCAGCCGCCGUGGCAGAUCUGCUCCCCACGGGCGAGCGGGAACACCAAAAUGCCGGCGAGAUGCCGCGGCAUGGGGAUGGCCGGCACGGGCAGCGGCAAAGCACCUGCCUCUUCGAUGACUACCUCGAGUUCGUUGCGGCCACCGGCUCCGACUUCCUCCAUGCCAUUUUCCACCUGCGUGACAGUGACGGUGAGGAGGAGCCGGCGGAAGCCCCACAGCCGCGCCACGACCCGGCGCCGGCACUGGCAGAGCCGUACGAGAAGGGGCUGUGGAAGCCAGCGCUGCCGGGACCGGCGCUGGCAGGGCUGGAGCGGCUGCAGAAGCGCCUGUGCCGGCUCUGGGCCGCGCUGGGCGUCCCCAGCUGGGAGAGGCUGGAGAUGGCGGUGAAGUACGGUGCCGGCGGGGCCCUGGCACGGCUGCCGGCAGCACUGGAGGCCUGGGAGGCAGCGGCCGACGGCAUCCUGCGGCGGGAGCUGCUGCUGGUGCGGCUGGAGCGGCUGGAGGAGCGCGGCUCCGACCCCGGACGCUUCUUCCGCGGGGGCCCGGCGUCGGCGACAGAACGCGCCGGGGAGGCGCGUGCCCGCGGCCGCCUGCACGCCGCGCUGGCCCGGUGCGAGGCGCGGCUGUCGCCCGCCCUGCGACACCUGCGGGACGGUUUUGGGGACACGGUGACUUUCCGGGGACGCCCCUACGCCGAGAAGAUGCGCCGGGACGUGGUGGAGAUGCUUUACCAGCUGCAGCAGCGCCGCCGCGCCGGGGCUCUCCAGGCCGCCCUGGGGGGGCAGCCGCAGCAUCCCCCCCCUGGCACGGCGGGUGCCGAAAAGCCGGGGUGUCAAUAAACCGCGGGAGCGCAGCGUUGUGGGGGUCCCCCCCUCCCCUUGCUGGGGGGUCCUGGCACCCGAACCCCACCCAG